ACAAAAUCAACUUGGGGCCCGAGAUACUCGAAGGCCCCUCCCGUGAAUCAGACUCGCAGAAGAAAGAGUCGACUGCUCAACCCAACCGAGUCGGGUUCACCAGACCUCCAUUUCUCGAGAUAUAAUAAGCCUGUCUGCCGACUACUGCACAUAUAUACAGGACGUCCGGGUGAUUUGGCCGCCGGUUACAAAAGUGUUCAAGUUUCAAUUCGAUGUCAACCUCUAGAGAUGGCCAGAGACAACUCUUGUGCAGAUAGACUUAUGAUAUGCUGUUCACCGUACUCACUGCAAUGCAAUGCCGCAAUUUCUAACACCACCAUCCCUCCUCUGCCCGCCGUCGUCCCACGACAUCAACCUUGACGCCACCUAACCUCUCUAACGCCGGAACAUCAAGAAUGCCUCUCCCGUCGAAAAUCCAUUUCGGCGCUCUCAUGCUCUGCACGAUUCUGGCCCAAUCGACGGGCUCGGUGGUGAUUGAUUUUCGAGACGUGUUCUGACAAAGUGUACAGUCAAAGUCACAUUUCGGACCGGGCGCGAGCUUGUAUCCCAUGAAAAUGUCUGACUCGUCUUCCAUUGGUUUUGUAGGACUCGUCGUGGUGUUGGGUUCCAGGUUUGUGGGGGCAUCCAAUUGCAUAAAAGGGAUGCUUUUUCUCCUCUGAUAUGGUGAUUGCAUUUCCUCACUUCUUCCUUUGCUCCUGCUUCUAUUUGGACGCACAUUGCGGAAUUGGUCGCAGUCAGUCAGUACAAGGACGGCGUUCGCGCCCAAGCAUGCCAGAUGAGGGUCCGAAUGUAUCCUGACGGCGCUGAGCUGCGCUGGAAAUGGUUCGGAUGAGGUGUAAGUAGAUCGGAUCUCGUGAAGCAUAUCUGCUUCUUGACAGCAGGGGUCGAAAAUAGCAAUCUCAGCCGGCUGUUCGUCCAGUAGUGCCCUGAUAACGUCGGCAGCCAAAGACUCGCGGGCGUCACCGGUGUCCUUUUUGAAAGCAAAGCCCAGCACGGCGAUCUUCCUACCGGCCAAAUUCUCAUUAUACCGUUUCACAACUCUGCGGGCGAAUCGGUCGCGUUGCAGGACGUUCAUGGUGUUGACCUGGCUCCAGUAAUGCGCCACUUCGUGCAAGCCCAAAGAUUCCGCCAGGUAAGUCAGGCUGGCAAUGUCCUUGCGGAAGCAAGAUCCACCGAACCCAAGGCCCGCUUUCAGGAAAUGAGGCCCGAUCCGUACAUCCAACCCGAUCGACCUAGCCACCUCUCCCACAUCCGCCCCUGUGGCUUCGCAGAUGGCGCUGAUGGAGUUGAUGCUACUGAUCCGCUGUGCGAGCAUGGCAUUAGCGACCAAUUUCGAGAGCUCCGACGACCAAGCGUUGAUUUUGACAACGCGGGAGGACGGAAUCCACGCCUCGUACAAGCGCGCAAGAGCAUCCGCCGCAGAGUGGCCGGAAGUGGUGUCAGAACAGCCGAUGAUGACACGGUCCGGCCGCAUGAGAUUUUCGAUCGCCGUGCCUUCAGACAAAAACUCUGGAUUCGACAGCACCUCGAAAGGCACACCGGGUCGCAGCGCCGUGAGCUGUAUCUGUGGUCAGUCCCGCCAUAGGCUUUGGAGGAGAAGGUUGCCAUACUGUCUGUCGAACCCGUUGCGCAGUCCCACACGGCACGGUGCUCUUCUCGACAAUGAUCGCACCAGGCUUCGCGUAGCGCGCAAUGUCCUUUACAGCACCAUCCAGGGCGGUCAUGUUUGUAGCUCUCCCGGCUCCGACUCCUGAGGUUUUAGUUGGGGUGUUAACCGCAAGGAAGAUCAUGUCGGCACGCGAGAUGCUAUCGGUGGUGUGCGUGGUAAAGAAAAGGUUAGGAUCGCGUGACUGUUCGAGCGUCUCAUUCGAGCCAGUAACGCUCAUCCCUAACUCAUCGCCGUUCGACCUUCGUGAGGUAGAGGCGCACGCGCCGUCUCUUGCAACUCGCACAACGUUGUUGAGCCCGGGCUCAUGGAUGGGGAGAUGAGCCGAACUCCAUUGCGCAAUUCGUUGCGGGUCACGAUCGAGCACGUCCACGGCAAUGACAGGAUGAUGCAAUGCCAUUACUGCCGCAGUAGGGCCGCCUUAACACAAUCAGCGACGGAUAGCGCAAAGACAUUUGCCACGAUUGCGCCUACCGACAUAUCCAGCUCCAAUGACGCAGAUUCUCUCUGUUCGGGCGAAAUCACAGAACGCGGCAUUUUGAUGCUGAGACGGGUUCGCAUCGUCCAGUAUCUGCGACAGAAUCGGCUUCAGGACGUCUUUGGAAUGCAGAGGGUGGAAUAGUGGGCUGCUGUCCGGGGUCAGGAUUCCGGUUGAGUCGGUGCAAGAGUCAUCCUCAGACGCGCCCAACAGCGAGGGUAUUGGAUCCAUGGUGUCGCAUCUGCAAGUUUAGCAGCUGACCAGUGGCGAGACGAACUGGUCCUCGAUGAAAACAGUGUUGCGAAAGAAAAAACAGCACGACCGGCGGCAGAGGCCAUAUUGAUAAGCUUAUGAACAGGGAAUAGGCACGAGGGAGGACAAACACAACAAACCUCGGGAGAAGACGCGACAGAGAUUGAAUCAUGAGGUUCACAUGGCCUGCUCAAUCUUGUAAAGGGCAUUUACCCUGAUCUACUAUAUCUAGAGCCGCGCACGCCUUGGACGAGGGGAUGUGAGUGGGCAGAAGAGGGAUGGCGAUAAAUUCUGGCAUCGAAUUCGGGGAUUAAGCACUCGCCUCAACAACGCCCUUAAAACAGAACCAUUCACCCACGUGGUGCUUCCUGGCGCGUAUGGCGCGUUGCUCUCGCACGGGACAGUUGUCAGUCUGAAUUUGUUGGGCUGCUCGCUGACCGUUAUACUGUUACCGGCAAAAGUGCCCGGGCGCUCUAAUAUCGAAGUAGUAGUCCGCCGCAGUGCCGAUAAAACGCCAGGCAAGCAGUUGAUCCCAGUCGUACCUACUCUUCAUUGACAAACACUGUUAUGCGCAUCUUGAGUCCUCGAAGAUAGAAUCGAGGCGAGGCGAUACACAAGUUGGCGACGGCGCAGUGGCUGUAACAGUCGAAGUUGCAGUGAACAAGAUUGAAGUUGAAAUUACAACCAAGCAACCUCACACGUGAGAGCUUUGAUUGGACAGCAACACAGACAGUGUCCCAACUUAGUCAUCCAACGCCGGAGCCGGAAAAUCAUCUUGUUCCGCACGACGAGGCUGAGAUACGAGUAUCCCUAUCGUCCUCUUCCCUGGGUUCGUGAAUCAUGGUCGUCGGAGAAGCCCCGGCGGCCAACGGCACCCUUCAUGAGUUUGAUGGGGUAGGUGAAAGGAGUCAGCUCAGACGCGAUGAAUUUGAAGAUGGAGAGUUUCCUGAGUCGCUGCGCGGGAAGCGAGUUCUCCUGUUCACGGAAUCCCAUGGGCCAGUCAACGGCGUCAGUCGCACGACACUCAGCCUGAUCAACUACCUUCGUGGCCAGGGAGUCCAUCUGGCUGUAGUGUCACCAGGCUCCGAACAUCUUGGAUCAAAAGGGCAAGAGCGAGACACCAAGCCACUGUCUGAAGACAAGGUCGAUCACAAGGGCGGCAGCGGAACGUUUCGAUCUCCCGCAAGUUAUACAGAGUUCCGGCUUCCAGGCUAUCCACUUCCCUACAACCCUCACUUAGCCGUUGUGCACCCAUUCGAUCUGAACAAAGACAUCUUGCAACGUAUGCCCAUAUUAUUCUCCAACUCCCAACUCUCUCAGGAUCCGAAACAAGGUACCACGAAGGCCCAGUACCCAGACCUCAUUUACCUCGCCAGUCCGGCCUCUCUGGGGUUUCAAGUCCUAUGGUACCUCCGACAACUGGCUCAUUCCCCACCGGUUCUGCUCAACUUCCAGACUGACCUGUCCGCCUAUAGCGAGAUCUUGUUCCCUGCUCCGGUGGCUCGAUUUUCAGUCUGGUUACUAGGAGUUGUGCAGGGAUACCUGUUCAACAACCCGCAGACCGUGCGGACGGUGUUUUACCCUUCUUCGGGAAUUCGGGAGUAUCUGGAGCAUGUCGGUGUGCCCCGGGACAGACUGGUACGGCUGGGUCGUGGAGUCGAUACUGUCUUGUUCAAUCCCUCGCGGCGCAGCCAGGCUUACCGUAGGAGGAUUCUGGAAGCCGACGGCGGGGAUGUCAGACCUGAGAAUGAUCAAGCCGGAGACGACAACAGCAAUCCUACCUCAGCCAACAACAACCCUACUAUGGCCAACCUGUCUGACGACAAGAAUGAAAAUUCCAAAGAGAUUAUUCUACUCACAGUAUGCCGGCUCGCACCCGAAAAGGGCUUCGACUUCCUCUCUCACGCCAUGACCAAACUCGUCAACUCACUUACAACAACAACAACAACAACAACCAACACUAACACUCAAUCUCAAUCCUCCUUGAAGUCCAAACCACAACCACUCCGCUUCAAACUCCUCAUCGUAGGAGGCAACCCCAACCCCGCCGUAACAACCCAGAUCCGGCUACAAUUCACAUCCUCGUCCAUCCUCCGUUCCCAAAUCAUCUUCACCGAUUUUUUGACCGGCCCACCCCUAGCACAGGCAUACGCAUCCGCCGACAUUUUCCUACACUGCUCGACCACCGAGACAUUUGGACUCGUGGUUCUUGAAGCCAUGGCGAGCGGCGUGCCCGUUGUGGCGCGUGACCAAGGCGGACCCAGCGACAUUGUCGACCACGGCAACACGGGAUACUUGAUCCCGCCGGCCAAUAUAGACAAAUUCGUCGAUGCCGUCAUGCAACUCGCGAGUGACGCGGCGUUACGUUCCACCAUGGCCAGGAAUGCGAGAGAGUUUGCUUGUCGCAAUACGUGGGAGAGAAUCAAUGCCCGGGUGGCGGGGUAUAUGGCUCGCAGUCUUGAACUUGAAUUGGACUCAUCGGACUCGAAAGAGCCAGGUCCAAAUCCAUGGACACCAAGACCGGAACCCUCACGCCGAAAUCAUAAAACUACCGGUACUGGCAACUUGAUCAUUCGCUAUAUUACUAGUAUCACUACUAGUAUGUCCACCAUACUGCUCGGCCAGCUGCAACGGAUACGACAAGCCCUCAGGAUGAAAGCGGCCCGUGGCGUCGUCUACGUGAUAUGGGCGCUCUCCGUGGGCGUCAUAUUUCUCUAUGGAAAUAAAUCUUUUGGUUCCGGCUCGUCCAAGAGGUCUAGUUAGGACGGGGCCCAAUUUAUAUAUAAACUUGGUUAUGAAAACUCCAUAGAUAUAAGUGUGUCCUUUCGCCUUCAAUCAAGGCGCCAGAAUAGCUUUAGAACAGAAAAGGUCUUUCGUAAACUUUUGCAAGUUUGCGCCACGCACUAUAUCUAUUGACUCAGUCUCGUGGCCCAUGGCGCGAAAAGCGGUGGACGAGAUGUGAGAGUAACCCCGAUGUUGGCAUGCUAUGGCAAAGAGUCAUCAGCUAUAUUUGUUGGACUUGGCCGAGUCAAGCAAGGCAAUCAACCCCAACGUCAGCGGGAAGGCUUACGGCCCUAAGCCCGGACUCGUCUCUGUCCCUAUCAUCUGCUCACUGUGUCAACACCCACUUCUUGUCGACUUCCUUCAGCCCCUGCCUCUCCGCGAUAGUUUCCAG